AUGGCUAAAGUUAUAAAUGAGAUCAGUGAACUCAUUGAAUCCUGCAGAGGUCGAGAGGUUUUGAUGGAGGCGUUAUGCCAAAGUGCCAAAUUGGUGGCGGGAUACCAAAUGAAGCGGCGUCCGGACCUGUCCCACCAAUGUUUCAAUGUCUGCUCAGAAGACUCUGGUGAGCCACCCGUGCUCCAUUACACUCUGGACUGCGGACUGGACGACUGUGAGCCGGAUCGCAUUACGGCUGUAUUGGCGGUGAUGUCCAAUGCGGUGGAUCUGCUUUUCUAUCCCGUCGACACAAUAUUCUGGCUGGCCAAGCACAAGGUUUCAGAUGUCAGAAAACAGGACUCCUGGCGCUAUGUGAACUCCUUACUCUGCAUGCUCUCUGUUUACCUACACGUCGUGAGGACAUCAAGGACUUUCCUUAAACUAAGUCACCAGGAUGUUUUGUCCCUUGCUCGCUUCUCGGUCGACCUGCUUCACACCAUCUGCAUUUUGCCAAAGGGUUACCUCUGGGGAAUGAAGCAUUCGUCCCUUUACUUGGGAGCUAUUUCCGCGGGACUGGGAAUAUGCCAGAUCUUGACCGAAACAAGGCUGACCAAGUGGAAGGUUUUGCCAUUGAGGCCGAUUUUUGGUGAAUGA